UAUUAAAUUUUAAAUUUUCUUAAAAACCUAAUAAGUAACUUAUUACUCAUUUAAACCUAGAUACUCUACAUCUGCACUUUGAUUUGAACUAUUACUCUCGUUAACAAAAUAUUACAUUUAUACCUUCUAAAAAUAAAUUUAAUGUUUUAUAACGAAAUUUUCUGUUUAAUCGCGAUAUAUUUUAAUCUCGUAUUAAAAUAAAGUUGUUGCACAAUGCGAUACUUGCGUCAGUUCUAUGAAAUAUUAGCAGAAAAAUUAACAUCUGCUUCGUAACGUAAGAUGAAAUAUUUAUCAGACGUUCGGACGCGUUUCGUUCAAGUUGGAAAAUACGUGGCCGCGAGGCGAAACUAUAGCAAGCCAUCCACCUUUAAAUCUUAAAUAUUUAUUUGUCUUAUCUAGGCAAAGUGCACUUACUGCGAGCACAUAUGGGUUACAUGCAUAUUCCAGUUACAAUGACGCAGAGGUUGUGUGACAUCCUCGAAGCGACCUUGGUGAGAGUGCGAGGACGAUCGUGAGGUGAAAGCUCCGUUCUGGCCUUCCGAUUGAUGAAAGUUACUCGCAUACUCACAUGAUGACAGCGAUGAUCGCCCAUUCCUCCAAGCAAGAAUUGCUGUCUCCACAGAGAACGAUUUGCAGAAAAAUUUUGAUGGAUGACGGGAAUGAUCAUUUAGGCCUCUCGUCGGAGAAUUCAUUGCUUUAUCAAAUGCGAGGUGAUACAAUGAUUGCGUCACGAUUGAUCAAAGAUGAUAGAGGGUGACGUUGUUGCAUCUUUUCUUGUAAUUAAUGACUCAGUGGUUUUUGCGCUCAGUCAUCCGUGGCUAUCUUCACCGAAUAAUUCGCCUUAAUUAUCCAAUCAAGCGCUCGAAUAAAACUAAAAAGCUCUGCUAUAAUAUUUUCAACAAAAUCAUUAUUGGACAAUAAUAUAAUAUUUAGAUAUCUUGUAAAAGAAAGUACAUUUGAUUAAUAAGAACGAUAAAAAUAAUUAAUUAUAUUUGUUAAUUGUUUUACUUCUAUCACAUACUUUAUCUGAAAUUUAUUCUAUAAAUUUCUUUAGAGAUUAUCCGUGCGUGAAUAAUCAUUUCGCGCGUAUGCAUGCAUCAUAAAUUCGCCAUUGGUGAGUUAGAAAUUCCUAGCAUUGCUGUAUCGAGGAAUCUGAAAGUCUAUGCUCGUGUAUUAUCUCGAGAUCGCGAAAAAUGGAUAAUCGGGAGGCGCGAAAAACGGAUAAGCUUCCCGGAGAUGAAGGAGAGAUCUUGGCGAUGAGAUGCGAAAGUACUCGACUGCGCUCCAAACAAGACUUCUCGAUCGAUCCGCAUAUCACACAUCUUGCAAGUGAGAUCAGCGUAUCUAUCUAAAGAUUCCUAUUUUUUUUAAAAUCACGUUUCACGAGAGCGGCAGUUUCUCUUUGGCUAUACCGAUGUUAAUUUACACAGAUAGUACAAGUGCGCUUAUACAGGGGUAGAUAGGGGUGAGCGACCGGUCAAAGUGCCUCUUAGUGAGAGAGGGUGCAUCGUAAGGACGCAACGUGCCGGAAUCAAUACGCAUGAUGGAAUAAUAUCGUAUGGAACAUCUCUUUAUGUCAUAUUUAUCUGUGCAUAAAGUAUUAAUUGGAAACCGUACGAAUCAUCUGUUGAUAAACGACUAAUCUGAUUGUUAAUUUAUACAACACGCAUGAUUGUUUUUGAAAGAUUCAUCAAAUCUCACAAAAUAAUUCUCCAAGCACGGAGAAGAGCGUUUGAGUUAAUAAGCUCGAUUGUUUUCUCGUUUACGUUGUAAAAUCGACUAUCAUCAAUCAUGAUGUCCAGAGAAUUUGCAUUCGCAAUUAUAUAUUUACUGGAAUUACUCCUGGUAAUUCUUUUUAAAUUAGCGGAUAUGUAUAAUUGAGUACAAGUCUACAAUGCAAAUAUUAUAUUUUACUAGCACCUUGACCUAAUAGAUAUUCGUAGAAAUAAUAUAUAUAUGCUAAUAGGUGACUGUACAAUUUUCCGUUUGCGUGAAAAAUAAUAUUUACUACUUUAACAAAGUAUUGCAUGUCUCUGGCUCAGGCGUGUUCGUUAAUUGUCAUAUAAUUCGAUGACUUGGCAGUUACUCUCAAUGUCAUAUUCGAUACGCGAUCUUUAUGAAACUUUAUGGAAGCAGGUAACAGUACAUGGAUUACGAAUGCACAACAAAUGAGCUAUUUCCUACUUUAACUGUAUAUGAUAAUAAUAAUAGCAGAUAUAUAUUCCUAUAACAGAUAGGUAUAUGUUCUUAUUAAAAAUUCUUUCAUGAACACAUUAAACAUGUUAAUAAUCGCUGUUAAUAAAAAAUCUUAAUGAUAACAAAUUAGGGUUUCCUAACGCGCCGGUAUAUUUAUCGUAUUUAAAAACGUCCGCCUCGAAAUCAAUGCAUCUGAAUAAGAGUACCGCAAUUUCAUAUUCCGAGAAACGUUCGUCGAGAUCGACGCGAGCAUGUAAAUAAAAAUGUUACACUUUUGUAUUCAGCGGAGCGUUCGUUCGAAUCAAUGCGAGUAGCUGAAUAAAAUGAUAUCUCUCUACCUCUCUCUACUCGUUUCUUGUGGAAUUUAAGGGGCCGUAAAUUUAUCACAAUUGUGCGGCACACAGAAGAAUUCGUUAUCUGCGUGAUAAACGGGAAAGCAGGAGAGAAGAGCAAGCCUGCCGCAUAAAAAUGUAUAUAUUAUCGUGAUGCAUAAAUAUCGUUCCACAAAAUACGCCGUUGCGGUCAAGCAGUCUCUCUCUCUCUCUCUCUCUCUCUCUCUUUCGGUUUAGGGGAACAAAGAACAAUCUUCUCUGUUGCCUGCGUGACGUUUCCUUUCUCGGUUCGUGCUUUUGCGAACGCAUCGCGAUUCGCUGCCGUCAUUAUGAAUUCGCGUUUUCACGACAAAUCAAUCCUUCGUGACCGUCCACGAAGACGUGACCGUUCAACCGCCGUUUAAGUCUCGCUACCGAGACCAUCAAUUAUGGAAACGCGGCGACGAGAAAAUACAGCAACGUUUCCCGAUGGUUUGCCGAGCGUUGAAAAAUUACGAAUCCCACAAGUUGAAAGAGAGAUUAAAAAUAUACGUCACGAAUGUUGCACAACGUACGACUAAAUUGAUUUAAAGGCGAGAAUGAAAAAAAAGUUCGCGUUGGAAUAAUCAAAGUUGUGCAGGAGGUAAUUGAAUUUCCAGUGAAAAUUUCACGCUCGGAAAGCACAGCGCUGGAAUAUUGUUAUGGUGAUUCACGAGACGAGAGAGAGAGAGAGAGAGAGAGAGGAAUCUAUGUUAAGGUGAACUCAUGCGCUUCGACCGCAAAAAUAAAUUACGAUGAUUUAUUGGAAUAUCUGUGCUGCUAAUUACGUUAAAAUCAAAUUCGUGAAUUUAGAGGCCGUAAUUGGAAGUUACACGAUGAUUUCAGUAACAAACGUUACGUGACACAGCUUCAUUUUCGUCGAAUUAAAUUAAGCGUACAUUUCAUCAAUUUAUAUUAUCAUUUUUGUUGAAUUAUAUUAUCGUUAUACAAAUAUCUUUGCAAAUAUUAAAUUUUACAUAUAUUAAAUGCGCGGUAAUCCAAAUCGACGACAUAUGAUUUUCUCGUGUUUAAAUAUCCUUCCGCGAUGGUUUAAAUUGCGUUCUUAGUCGAACGAACAUAUGCUUUCAAUCUUUUUACUUCACAUUAAUACAACUCUUUAUCCGGUUGUUAUCUCACUCAAGAUUAAUUGAAAUAUUGCAAUCUUCAUAAAGAAAACUUGUGAUAAUCCUAAAGUAGAUACGACGGGAUGCAUUUACUUGAUAAGUGUUUACCGCUUGGUAAGACGAAUGAAAGUUUUUUUAAAACGAUCUGUUAAUUUGUUACGCAGUGUAAUUAACAUUAAAUUUUUAAAUAGCGUAAUAAAUGUGAUAAACGUGAUGAAACACGUGAUAAAUGACCAAUCUGUUUUCAGUAAUCGAAGCUCACAAAUAUAAAAACUGGGAAAACUUCUUUUAAACUUCGGAGUCUUAUAAGAAGAAAUUUACGUGAUUUUCCAAAAGAGAUUCUAUCAAUAUAAAUGUUAGAAAUCAUUGUUCUUAUCAAGGAAAAGAUUUUAGGAAGCGAGAGCUUUAGCGACGAAUAAUAUCGUGCACAAUCGCGAGUGAUUCAUUCCGUGCAAAAAAUUCCGAUAUCGUAGAUACAGACCGUAUACAGUGGACUGUAUUAUUUGAAUACGAAGAUAUAGCAGAGUUAUCAUGAAUAUGUGAUAGAUAUAUUCACAUACUCUGGCGAAAAAGACGAAGGUAUGUAUUAGUCACGUUUAUGUUAUAAAUAAUCACGUCUGUUUAUUAUAAAAAAAGAAGAAAACGUUUAUCGGAAGUGAAAAAUAAGAAACCGAUAUGCAAAACUGGUUGAUAAGUAUGUUAAAGUAUCCGUUAGAUUGUGCCUAUCUUGAGACGAUUUCUACAUAGCACGGGCAAUUGAGUUUGCUGUUGAAAUGUGCGAAACGGGAACGCAUGUCUCAAUAUUGAAUAGCCAUGCCUGAUGUCGUAUAUAUAUUAUGUGAAUAUGAGCUUUUCUCAUCAAACGAUCACACAUAGCAACGCUGAAUCAACGUAGACAUUCGCCGCACAGCAACUAAAUCGUGUUUAACGCUAAAUACAGGGAGAACACGUGUCUCAAGAUCGGAUCGCCGUAUUAACGUCCGAGCCUUUGAGCGCAGGAGCUCCUGAAAGCAUCCUUUCGCAAUCCUAAUUUCGGUGAUAUAGCAGCUUUGCUCGAACGAGGAGAUGAUUCUGAAGCAAAAGCGAGCUUCUCUCAAAGACUUACGCGAGAAUACCGACGUCAAAAUCAGGCAAAGCUGCGAAUUUAGUUAAAUCUGUAAGGACGAGACUAUUGAGCUAUCAAGAAAGAAAGAAAGAGAAAAAAGUAAGAUUUUUCUCUGUAUAAAGGAGUUUAUUUAGUUGGAUAUUCUGUCGCGGGGAAGGAAUACUGCAGUAUCAAAAGCGCACAUAUAAAUUUAACAAUUUUAAUGUUAUGGAAAGAAAAAACCAAGUAGAUAAUUAAAGCAGACGUCGAAUGGAGAACAACGUUAUAACGCUCGUUAAAGGCAGUUAUGAUUAUCCGACGCUUUCAUUCUUAAGUUAAUAAAUGAAGAACUCACGGGUUGCGCGAGAAUAGUGCUGAUAUAUAUCAAACAUAGCUCUAGCAAUAAUGAACUAUAGCUGAUACCGCUAUCAUUUUACGUGCAGCAAUCAAAGUCGCGCCUACGCUCUAUCGGAAAGUCGGACGAUUGCGCUGCGUGGCGAGUCGCACGUGCGCGGAUCGAGAAGCCAUGAACUUGCACCAUUAAGAUUUGCAGCAUGCAGCUUCCUUGGCGCGGGGAAAACGCCGCGCCUGGACCACCACGACGGAGCAACGACGGUAGUGCGUUUGCAGCUCAAGGUUGCCGCGGCGGACUUUCCGUCCAACCGGUUUCCAGCCGCGACAUUAUACGUCGUGACUUUCCUCGACGAAUGCGCGGCUACACGAGCGUGAACUUCCGCGAGGUCGCCGCCAGUUCUCCGCUCCUGCGAGCUUCCGCGAAAGCGCUCUCGACAAGAUAAAUUAAGAUUAACGUAUGGAACUAAUGUAAGAAAUGCGAUGCAGGGAGAAAAUAUGAUACUGCGAAGUACCAUGCCUUUCCACUUUUCGGGAUUGAAUGUAACGUGAAAACCAUUUUUCCGAUAGAAAUACGUGGAAAUAUAAUAUUCAUAUUUCAUAUGAUAAUGUAAAAGUAAACGAAAGAGAGGGAAUAAAUAAAUAAUUAUAGGCCUAAGAGAGCACACUUUUUAUAUUUUUAGAAAAAAGAUUUUGACAAAAGUUGUUAACAGUAUCUUUCAGAAUCUUUUCUUUCCUUCCACAAGGUACAACUCAGUUUAGGUCUGCAUUUCUUCGGCAUUUGAAAAGAAGAAGGAAAUUUUGUAGAAAAAUAUAAUAAUAAUAAUAAUAAUAAUAAUUCCACAGGUGACAAACUGUUCCGAAACUGCUAUGGUCAUUUCUCCUGAUUAUAGCAUUUCUCCGACCAUAGCAUGAUCAUAGCACUUUAUAAAACAUGGCAGACACCUGGAAACUGUACAACGUCAGACACUGUACACGAGGAGAGGCUUCAAAUAAAUCUAAAAUCUUCGUUUCUGUUAGUUCAAGCCAGAUAUUUCUGAUGUUUAUGCGGAAAUAUAACAACAUGAAAAUAUUUUUACAAUUAUGACGUUUUUCUAUAGAGCGUUAAAUCUCCUGUUGUAAAUACAACUAAAUACACAGACUGAGUGAUGACACAGCUGUGUGACUAGCAACAAAAUCAGAGCGAUUGGUCAUCUCUCUCGUAUGGCCAUGUAUCCUGGAAUUAUUUUAAUCAAAAUGACUGAUAUAUUACAGUUUGUACGUACGGUGCUCUUCCCGAGGCGUCUUCAAUUUGAUCGCACAGUCGUUUCGUGAUCGUAUCGUAUAUUGUACGAUCGUAAAGAUACAACAAAGACGUCUUUCUUUUCCCCCUAUUUUUACUUCACAUAACAUGCUACGUCAUAUACGGUGCAAAUAAAGGCGCGCCCCGUACAAAUGGGUGCGAUUCGUCAUACUCGUGAUCAAGGGAGUGCUAAGUAUUGCGCGUUCUAGAUUUUUUAAUUAAAGGGGCGUAACUGACGUGCGCGGACGCGGUGUACCGCUUUUACGUGAUCCAGCACGACAGUUCAGUCGCGACCAUUGCGUCCAACGUUUCGAUAAUGGGAACCUUUGAGAAUUAGAGAAGGGAGAGAGAGAGAAAGAAAAGAAGAGAAACGAGAGUGUACGUGCCCGCACGUGUUCGCACCGUGUGGCGAUUUAUCGUUGCAAUUUUGAAAUGGAAAACGAGACCGCGGCGCAGCAAGAGCGGUUGCGCAAAUGCGCACCUCAUUAACGGCAUACCAUUAUUUAGCGUUGAUUUAUGCGCACGUCACUCGUGAAUAACGCUUCUGUUUUUGUUGAGAUCCCGGCGAUCUCGAUCGCGUGGUUUACCGUUGCAAGCGGAAAGGUGAAAAGCAGAGAUCUUCACCUUCGUUCUGCUGAGAAUUGCACAGCAUGAGAGUUUCAUUGACCACGAUGAGAAAUAGUGCUGUCCUAACAAUUAAGUUUAUACAUUGAGAGAUGCGUGAGACUUUGGGAGCCAUAAUAGAAGUAUGAGAUCAGUCGUCAUGGAAAAAAUCUUGUUAGCGAGGACAAAAGGAAGCAAUAAUCUCGAUCGAACGGGAGGCAAGUGAAGGUGCGAAGGUGGAGGGUGCUCGCGAUCGGGUUCCGAUCGGCAGCCUCCGGGAUCAUGAGCAAGUCCUGAUCACCAGUGGGUGGCAAAGGGAUGGAUGCGGCGAGUCGACGUCAGCGAGUGGCACGGGCCUAACAUUAACGGCAACGCGAGGAUAUCAUCGUCCGGAGGGAUUUACCGCGGAGAUUCUUCAGGAUUUGAGGAAUUGACACGCGCAAUCCUUCUGUCCUGUUCUUCAAGUCCGUCUACGGUAAUCGGGGACUAGAGAAUGAGCAUCGCAGCUGUCGCUCGUAGGAACUGGGCACUGCGCCUGUCGGUGGUGCUGAACGUAUGCGUGCUGCUGUAUGUGUGCGCCCAUUUCGGUUCAUCCGGACCGUGGAUCGAGGAACCGCCGACCAACUGGGCGGCGCCGGAGGGCUACGGCGGCGCCGUGAAUGAUCUUGCGAAUGGCACUCAGAAGGGCGCCUCUAUAUCCUCGUCGUCGUCGUCGUCGUCGUCGUCGUCGUCGUCAUCGGCAGUUGCGUCUAUCGUCGUGGGCAGCGUAAAGGAUGUGGCGCCUGGAACAAACAACGGCGGCGCCAGUCAUCCUCUCAGGAUCAGGCUCGUCACCACGACGCCACCUCCCAAUGGGGCCAAGGUCGAGACUCUGGACAAGUCGCAAGAGCACCCGCGUAAUCAAAUGAUAAAGAACGGCACGGUGAGCGUCGUGCGCGAACCGAUGAGCUUGAAGGACGCUGUGCCCUGCAACGAAAAGUCAACCGUACCGAGACGGGCGCAACGCGGUGACUACUGGGUGCUGUACAAUUACGUGCCAAUGAGCAUGGCUGUCAAAUGCUGGGAAAGCGUGACGUACACCACGCACGCUGACUAUACGUUCCUGGAUAAUCUGGAGCCGCUGCUGGAGCGCUGGCAGGCGCCAAUAUCGAUCGCCAUGCACGCACCCGGCACCGACUUCCCGGCGACCCUUGACGCCAUCAGAUACUCGAGAAACUGCGGCAGCCCUCUGGUCUCGCAGCUGGUGACCUUUCACGUCUUCUUCAGCAGUAAGCACGUGCCAAAAGUGGUACCAUCGCCAGAAAAGAUUGCGUCCGACACGUACAAUUGCUCGCUCGGGCCGCCGUGGAUAAACGUCAGCUUCGCUAAGAUGUACAAGAACGAGAAGAAGCUGCUGUACCCAGUGAACGUGGGCCGCAACGUAGCGCGCGAAUCCGCACCCACCUACUUCGUGUUUCCCAGCGACAUCGAGCUCUAUCCCAGCCCGAAUCUGCCCGCCAAGUUCCUCGAGAUGAUUCGCAGGAGGGAUCAGCCAGCCCUCUACAAGCCAAAUCCCAAAGUCUUCGUACUGUCGAUCUUCGAGGUGGACGAGAAGAGCCAACCACCCAACAAUAAAACGCAUUUGGUGCAAAUGCUGAAGACGGGUACCGCGAUACCCUUUCAUAAGAAACUGUGCUCCGGCUGCCACAAUGUGCCGAAGAGCAAAGAGUGGCAGGACACGUCAGAGACCGAGGACCUGCACGUGUUCCACGUCGGCAAGAGGACUGGCAGUUUCGUGCACUGGGAACCGAUCUUUAUCGGGACCAAUAACGAUCCUCUCUACGACGAGAGACUCAGCUGGGAGGGAAAGAGUGACAAAAUGACACAGGGUUACGCACUCUGUGUGCUUGAUUACGACUUUCUCAUUCUGGACAAUGCCUUCCUGGUACACCGGCCCGGCAUCAAGAUCUUCAAGAAGGAUCCGCACCGUGACAUGCUAACCGCCAAGACGAAUGCACUCAUCAAGAAGAUCAUCAUGCCGGAGUUGAAAGUGCUGUACGGCACGAGGAAGGGCUGCGCCGUGUAGCCCGUGGAGUUGCGGGCACGACGGCGCGUGCUCUACAAAUGCCCGCCUGUACGGUGGAACCACCUGCGACCUUCUCUGUCGUCCUCAUCGUCGAACCUUGUCGAGCAGCGACAAACAGUCCGGAUUCGCGGUGAGUUGCUGCGGCUCGCUCGUGGUUCCCGGGAUCGUGUUCAUGUGCGCUCCGUACGACUUCCACACGGCCGCGAGCGAAGCCCGGGAAACGUACGCUGCGACGUAUAGAGGCCUUCUCUACGUCCUCUCGAAUAAUGCCAACUCAGCGGUGCCGAACGAACGAAUGAACGAACGAAUUAAUCCAUAAGUAUUCGACGAAUUUAGAAGAACCGUUUACAAUGGACACGUCGUGCUGUAAAAAUAAAUAAUACUAAUAAGCGUUACGUCGUCUUCGAGAUCAUCGUCAUCGUCUUCGUCAUCUAAAAGCGCUAGCUCAUUAUUAGCGUUAUGGAAAAUGUUGAGGCGACGUGUGAACGGCUGAAGUGACGCCUGAAAAGCGCUGAGGAGUACGUGACGAUGCUCAAAUCCUCCUGGCAGUAAUUCUCUAGCUUUCGUAAAAGAAAACCUAGGCUAAUAAGAGUAAGUAAGGGAAUCGUACCACUUAUUUUUCACUCGGUGGAUGUAUCCACCUUUUAGCGAAUACUACGGUUGUAUAUAAUGAAAUGGUGCCUCAUGUACAUCGGUACACCACAGGAUUAUUGCGCUUUCGGUGAAAGUUACGAGCGACGUCGGUCGGUUUUCGAUGAGACUUCGUACUAACGUGACUGUUAUUAUGCUCGCAGCGUUUCCUACUUCUCAAAAAAAAUAGGGAUAUCAAGGAGUAGAGUACAAUUUGGUGCACUGACAUUGCAAAUUUUCACGAAAUAGGUAACUAUUUAUUUGCGAAUAACCAGCAGGAUAAUCGAAUUUUGUAUAACAAAGCAAUUUUCUACCUAUACAUGAUUUAAAACUUUUACAAGUCCUCGUAUAAGUCGAAAAUUAUACCUUGCUUGGAAGAUUUAUUCAAGUUAUUUUUCCUGUAAGAUCUAAUUAAUGUUCUGUAUAUAUUCUCAUAAAUAAUAGCAUAUAUAUAUACACACAAUAAGUAAAGUAUAAUUACUAUAGGUUUUAAAUUACUUGAUAAAAAUUAGUAACGAAAUUUUUUUUAAUUUUUUAAAAUCAAUUUCUACACUACACUCAAAUUUUCACAUUCGCUAUUAUCCUUAUCAGAAUAUCUUAAGUAUUCCAACAUAUUUAUCUAUUUAUCCGUCUAUCUAUACUUAUAAGCAUUUUGUUUGAAAAUUUCCAUUUGAUUAUUUUAUAUUAACUGAUGACUUUGGCGAAACUGAGCAUAAUUCAGUUUACAUAAACCAAACGCAUUAAAAGUUACAGUCAGAGCUAUUUAUCACAAUUACGGUAGACAUUUACAUCGCGCUACAUUCACUAGAGUAGCAAACAAGUUCUCUUUUCUCUUUCUAUAUAAACUUUAUCGGUCUUUGAAACGUGGACUUUGUGUGCGUGAAAUAAUUCAUGAAUAAAGGAAAAAUCAUCGUCCAAGACUGAAGCCACAUUUGACAUAAAUUUUCUAAAACCUUUGUAAGUGCGCGAGUUACUUGAUCAAUAGAUAAUUAAUUAUUCAACUUUGCGUUAACGUAAUAUGAUGAUUUCAUUUAAUAGUGUAUUUCGUUUCCAUCAUGAUGAAUAACUGGGCAAGAAAGAUAAUACGAGAGCGAGAUCAAAUCGAGAUAUGAACGAAUUCGUUUGGUCGAUGCAGCUUGUUCGUCGCACUUGUGAUAAGAAGCCGUAAGCGAUGCCGCCAUGUACUCCGAAAAAACAAGGAAAGUCUUACAAUAGAAAUAGAAUUCGUCUUAUAUACCAAAUAUGGUUGCGUGGUCAUUGUCCAUCGAUCGAGAGAAUUUUCUAAUCUUAAGUAACUCUAAGUACGCAUUACUACAUCUGUCUACAGUAUUACUCCAUACUUGCACACACAAACGGUUUAAUGUAAAGUGUAAUUGUAUCUAAAAACGAUACGUUCUCCAUAGGAAAGGUUCACAAUCUUCAUAACAUAAAUCUUCGCUUAAGAAAUUAGUUAUAAAAAAAAAACUUUAAAGAAACUGAGAUGAUUUCCUCUAUUUGAGAUUCCAUAUUGGGAAAUUUUCUGGAGAAAAUUUGGCGGGUGUAAGAAUAUUUUGUGCGAAAUUAUUAGUAGUACUCCUCUUGCAACGCUGUAAGAAAUUAAUAAUAAUGCUGCCAUAUUGUAAUAUUUCACUCGUUCAUUCUAUUCAAAACAGGAUCGAUAAUUUUCCGCGUUUAUACUACGAUAGAAGUGUAUGCUGGUGUAAAAUACGAUAUAAUAUUGGAUACCGAUUCUCAAAUGCGCGUAGUAGUAAAAACGCUAAUUAUACAUAAUAUACAUAAACGCAUAAUAUAAAUCAUAUACUUUUCUAUUGUCAACUCGAGUAAUGUGACCAGCAAAUGUACACAUGUACAUACGAUCGUUUAUAAUUAUUAAGACUUUGAUAAAAGAAUGAAAAAAGAAAAAGUUGGGUCAGUAUAUCGCGAAGUAACGUUUCGAAGAUGAUUAGUUAGGUUUUCAUUGGAACAGCAGGAUACUGACUCAUUUUUUGUGAUAAUAUUAGGGCACAAAGUAAUUAAUAUUCCUGUAAUCGUGCUUCGUCGGCUGUAAAGGCAUUUUUGAAGCCAGAAUCGUAUGAUUUCUUGCAUACACGGUAGAUAGUGGUUUUCGUUGAGGAUAUUAAUGAACGAAACUUUCGAGAAAUACAAAUAUAUUUAUAUAUAUUUGUAUCUUUAAAUAUAUUUAAAUAUAUACUUUAUAUAUAUAUUUGUAUAAAACUUAAUUUUAUAAUUGAGUUUAUUAAAUCAAACAUUUAAAAAUAUUUUCUGACAUUAUAUUAUUUUAUUCAGAUUACGUUAUAUUUUUUUUAUUACGUUAUCUAAAUAAGUGCUAUUAAAGAGAGUUGAUUAAUAUCCUCAGACAUACAUAGGAUGUGUGUUAAAUGAGACGCAUUCGGUCUACACGUCGCCGAUAACGUUUUCUGUAAAGUAUGGAGUUUGACUUACAUUGUAUAAGUUCCUUUUACCUCCUCGCCUUCUUUCUUAAUUUAUCGGGGCUGUGCAACCGCGCAUGUGUGUAUUUGUCGCUCGUGUAUAAUAUAUGUGUGUGUGUGUGUGUGUAUAUGAAGUAUGUGUAUUCUGUGCCUUAUAUAUAUAUUAUCUCUGUCUCCUCGCGUGCGUGCGUGCGUGCAUGUGCCAAAAACUUGUAUGCGUGCAUUUACAGGACAGGUAUAUGAAUGACCAGAGAGGCAAGUUAGGAAAGCUGAUUUAAUUAUACGGUUGAUACAAACCUAUUAGGUAUCAGGAUUUAAUUGUAGCAAGAUUUUUAUAUUUACUUCAAGAUAUUGUAAUAAGGAAGGAAACAAAUCUCAUGAUUAUAUCGCGUUACAUUGUUCUCUUUUUCUACUUUAGUGUGAUCGAAAAUCUGCGACAAAAGUUACAUAUUAGUUACGUUCAAUGUAAUGCCAACGUUAUAUACUGCUGAAUUUCAUUCUCUUGACUAAGCAUUUUAAUAUGACCAGUACGAGACUGCAAGUAAAAUCGGAGGUCAACUCGUUUUUUCUAAGUAAAUUAUGAUUUAUUUGUAAUUAAUGUAAAUACGUGUGAUUGUAGGCAAGAAACAACUAUUUCACUCGACAUUAUAUAAUCGUAGACUAUUACACAGAGCAUUUAAAUUCGCAGAUUGGAAUGAAGAAAACCCGUCGCAUUAUAUUCGUUGCGUGCAAGCAAGGAUACUUGGAAUUUAAUUGUAAUGAUAUCAAAAAUGUUUAGAGACGUGUGAAUAUAUGCUUUACAGCGAUACUUCGCAGAUAGAGAAGGUAGGAUUACAAUAUUCUGUUACCAGAAAACACAUACACAUAAUGGAUGUAAUCUAAUCCUUUGAAAGCAAUAUUCCAGCGCUUUGCGUCUACAAUCUUCUAUAAUUCCGGCGUUACAAAAACAAAUGUUAUCGAAGACAUGUUACAAGACUCUUAACUCUUUCAAUGAUAACCGCGUUUCUAUUCCUAUCGCGAAUAUUAAAAGAUUCACAGCUUUAUAUAAAGAUGCGCAGUAGGUAUGCUCGAUGUACAUAUUUGUAAAAGAAAUGAAAAACACAAUCACAUGUUCCGAUAUAUAUGUAUAUAGGUGAAAUUGUAUUUUUUCAAAUAAACGGAGGCGGAGAGGAUUGAUUUUUGCGAAGAAAGACUUGUCAAAGUAACCAUGAGGCUAAAUAAUGUUGUAAACAGGAUAGCAGUAGCUUGUCGCUUGGAUCUUUUUUCUGAGCUUAUUAAGAUAUUUUUGAGAUGAAAUGUUGCAUGCGCAAAGUUGUCUCUCUCUAUGUAGAAGAAUUUUGAGCGUUGAUAGAAAAUCCGAAUUAAUUCGAAAAUUAUUUAGAAUGAUCCAGAUUUAGUUAUUUCAUGUGAAACGGCAUUAUGAUCUAAAUUUCUAAAUUUUAUUUGAAGGCAACAAAGGUUUAGACAAGAUUAAAAAAAAUAGUAUUCUGAAUAUUUAAGGAUGAAGUAUGCAGAUAGACUAAGAAUGCAGUAGCAGUGAAAGUGAGAGUAAUAACUGAAUUAUUUAAGUAAAAUUAUUUUAAUUAUUUCCCAAGAUUUGUUGUAUAGCCGGCAUUUAAUUUAUUUAGUGCAUAUGACAGCGAUGAUCGGAGUGUAAAUUGCAUACCGUCAUGUUCCAGCGUCGUGCCUAGAUAAAUAAAGUAAUUUAUGAAGUCGAA